AGAGAAAAAAUAUCGUUAAUUUAAUGGAUGGAGCCUUCGUAUAUAAUGGAAUCCCAGAGAAUUGGAAUCAUAUUCAAAACAAAAACACACGCUAAAGAAUAAGGAUCCGAGAUGGCGUGCAGAAUGGUAUUGCGUUCCGUCUCCACGACGGAGGCGUGGAGGCCUCUGCGGCGGAGCUGGGAUUUCCUUUCGUUGAGGAGCUUUGCUGCUUCCAAGAGAGGGAGCGGUGGCAUUUACGGGACGGCGGUCGUUAGGGCUCGAGGCGUUCACUUUUGGAACGGGAUUCCUAAACUGUGUUGCUCUCGAAAUGAAACGCCGUCUCCGUCGUCUUCCAAAUCCGAGGAGGAUGAACUUGACCAAGGGCCGCCUCAGGAAGCCGUUCUCAAAGCAAUUUCAGUAUCAAAGAAAGAAGGGAGAGUUGGCCAAACAACAAAUGUGAUUAUUGGUGGUACAGUAGCGGAUGAUUCAACUAAUGAAUGGCUUGCCUUGGAUCAGAAGCUCAACUCAUAUCCCACUGUUAGAGGAUUUAUAGCAAUAGGAACCGGAGGUGAUGAUUUUGUGCAAGCUAUGGUUGCUGCUGUGGAAUCUGUGUUACAACAGCCGAUUCCUGAGGGUCGGGUGAGGCAGAAGGUUUCAUCUAGGGGGAAAUAUGUAUCUGUCAACAUCGGUCCUGUUCGGGUCGUUUCUAGUGAACAGGUUCAAGCUGUAUACAAUGCUAUGAGGAGAGAUAACCGGAUGAAGUACUUCUUGUAAUACGAUCUUCAUUCUUUAAUCUUCUUUCCUUUUUCUCUGUAGAAGAUGCGAUCAUGUAGGGAUGUGAUUGCCCUUCUCGAUUUUCUUUUUAGUUUCUCAAGUAGUUAGCUUAUGUUCUUUGAUUAACCAAAAGGGCACCAUCAUAUAGGCACAGAUAAUCAUCGUUGAAAUAUGUAUGUAACACCUUCGGUAAGACAUGAUG